AUGGGUUAUACGUUAUUAAUUCUUGGUGCAGGUGUUAUGGGACAAGCCGUUUUAUCGGCUGUUUACAAUGCCCCCCAUGUUGCUGAUGCUAACAAGUCAUCGCAAUAUCCAUCUCAGAUUAUUACUGUGAACAACAGUGUGAAAAGUUCCGAAAGAGUAAAACAAUUGGUACAGAGUUUUGGCAAUUCCCCUAAUGGGAUUAGCGUCAGGUGUGAGACUAAAUUGGAUAAAAGCGUUAAACCUGAAGUCGUUGUUGUGGGUACUAAACCAUACCAAUUGGAACAAGUGUUAAAGGACUACAGUAGUGUAUUUAGGGAAGCGCAACAAGUCAUUUCCUUGGCUGCAGGAUGGACCAUUGAUCAAAUCCAAUCAAAGAUCGCUAAUCCUCCCAGUGUUUCAAGAGUUAUGACCAAUACUCCAGCUAAAUUCGGAUGGGGGUCUGCAGUCAUUUCUCACUCCACAAAUACCAGUGAAUUCCAAAAGCAGAGAUCUCAGGAGUUGUUCCAGCACUUGGGACUAUGUGUUGAAUUGCCAGAGAAGAACAUGGACGCGGCUACUGCGCUAGUUGGAUCAGGACCUGCGUUCGCCCUCUUGUGGAUGGAGUCACUGAUGGAAGGUGGUAUCAAGAUGGGUAUUCCAUUAGAACAGAGCAGGAGAUUAGCAGCAACUGUUGUGGAAGGUACUUCGAAGAUGUUACUUGCAACUGGUGCGCAUCCAAGCGUUUUAAAGCAUCAAGUAUGUACACCUGGCGGUAACACGAUUGCUGGGCUCGUAGAAAUGGAAGAUCGUGGUGUCAAAAGUGGUAUAAUUAGAGGUGUUGAAGAAGCCACAAGAGUUGCUGCAGAACUGGGUAAGAAAUAA